AUGGCACAGCGUGGACCGCUGGCCCCUCCUCCUGGCUUCCAGCCUCCUCCGCCUCCUGGCUUCCAGAACAACCCCGGCAUGCCUCAUGCGCUCGGAAGCAACCCCGCCGGGGGAUUGCGAGCACCGACCUUUCGGCCUCCGCCCACGCUCGCUGAGGGCAGCUCCGCGGCGCACCACAGUAAUCCCGCCUUCGCGCAUGGCAGCCGCGCGGGAGCUUCUCAGCCGGUUCUUCGCCUGGUCCCUCCUUCACAAUACGUGCCGCCCUCGAGCGCCCCAGCUGGCCAGCCUUCACACAGGCCUAUCCUUCCACGUCCGCCCCAGCCAGGCCCGCCUCAGACGGGUCCGACACCGACGCGUCCCGGCACAGAGAGGCAGGCGGCCCAGGCGCCCGGCACAUCCCAACCUGGAGGGCCUGUCAACAAAGCUCGCCCGAAGAGAGUGGCGGACAAGCCGUGGAACGAGCUUGGGAUGUCGAAGUCUCGGUGGAGUGCCACCCACACGAAAUGGGGGAGGGAGGGCCUCACGAAGGAGAAGUACCUGGAGAGGGAGGGCCUUUCCCCGUACCUCUUUAAGAAGCUGGAGAGGGGAGAGAAGAUGAGGGCGCAGCAGCAGCGAGAGGCUGCUCAAGCUGCUGCUGCUGCUCCUGCCACUGCCUCUCAGGAGCCGGGCACGGGUACGAGGCGCACCCAGUCGAAGUCUGGCGAGGGCCAGGGGGUUGAGGAGGACCUCGAGGACGAGGAGGAGUACGAUGAGGAUGACGAGGACGACGAUGAUGGCUCCCUGGACCGUGGUGGUGCCCCUUCUCCGGACUCCGACGCCGACUAUAUUCCCUAA